AUGGUUCAUCAGAUGGGUUCGAAGGCUCCAAAGAAAGCAUUUUCAAAAUCUGAUAGAAAAGAUGCUAAGAAGAAAGUGUUGGGUUCCUCAUCGAAAAGUGAGAGGGUAGGGUCAAGUAGAAGACGCAUCGCAGUGGAUGCAGAAAACAACGAGGAAGAUGUUCCUUUGAGAAUCCGCAAAGGGAAACAGGUAAAGAGAGAAUCUUUGUGUAUGUGUGAUAUUUGCAUGGAUGUGAUACCUGAUGAAAGGAAGUUCAAGAUCCAAAACUGUUCUCACAUCUUUUGCAAUGGCUGCAUCAGAAGACAUGUUGCUGCAAAGAUCGAGGGGAAUAAAACAGUGGUGCGAUGUCCAAACCCUAAUUGCAAGAAUGUUAUAGAGCCUGAGCAUUGUCGUUCAAUUAUCUCUAAAAAAGUGUUUGAUAAAUGGGGAGAUAUCCUUUGUGAGAAUCUAGUGGUUGAAACGCAAAAGUUUUUCUGUCCUUUUAAGGAUUGUUCGGCUUUGUUGAUACGUGAUGGUGACGAAGUUGUGACUUCAUCGGAGUGUCCACAUUGCAAUAGACUGUUUUGUGCACAGUGCAAGGUUUCGUGGCAUGCAGGAAUAAACUGUGAGGAGUUUAAGAGGUCGAAAAGAGAGAAAGGAGAAAACGGAGACUCAUUGGUGCAGAAACUUGCGAAGAAGAAGGGUUGGAGAAAAUGUCCAAAAUGCAGGUUUUAUGUAGAAAGAAUUGCAGGAUGUUCACUCAUAACCUGCAGGGAUAGCAAGGCAAAGCAGAGACCCUGUAUAGAAGGGAAUAGUCACAGUGGGAAGGAUAUUAAAGAGAGGGAGAAAAUUCGAAAUUUGAGUUCAAAACCAGAACAUUGGCGCUCAUUGUGGGGUAUGGAAAAAUUAGUAGUUGACACCACUUAUACCAGACCAAAUGACAUCAGGAAUAAUGGAGGUGACCCUCCAACCGUGGAGCAAAUCAUGCAAUACAUUGAAGCCUUGAGGGAAGAAAACAAAAACAUGUGGAAGCAGGCGAAGGAAGAACGAUCCCGGCGGUAG